AUGGCCGAAGAAGACAAGAAAAAGAACAACCCAAUGCGAAACCUGCAACUGGAAAAAUUAUGUCUCAACAUUUGUGUUGGUGAAUCUGGUGAUAGGUUAACUCGAGCUGCCAAAGUGCUUGAAUCCUUGACUGGUCAAACCCCCGUAUUCUCAAAAGCAAGAUACACUGUUCGUACUUUUGGUAUCCGAAGAAACGAAAAGAUUAGUGUCCAUUGCACUGUACGAGGUCCCAAGGCUGAAGAAAUCUUGGAAAAGGGUCUCAAGGUUAAGGAAUACGAGUUGAAAAAGUCAAACUUUUCUGGUACCGGCAACUUUGGUUUCGGUAUUCAAGAACACAUUGAUUUGGGUAUCAAGUACGAUCCUAGCAUUGGUAUCUACGGUAUGGACUUUUUCGUUUGCAUGGGAAGACCAGGUCUUCGAAUUGCCAGGAAAAAGGCAAAGGUUGGUCGAGUCGGUUUCCCACACCGAGUGACCAAGGAUGAAACAAUCAAGUGGUUCAAGAAGCGAUUCGAGGGUAUUGUCUUGGAAAAGUAG